UUGGGAGAAAGUAGAAAAAAAAUACCUGUAUCAAGGAGUACGUUACUAGGAUUAAAAGUAACAUUGCACGCAACACUACAAAUAUCGAAAAUGUUAUACAUGGAAUGUAAUUAUGAGUAUUUAAUGACAGCAACUUUGUCACAAGAUCCUUUAGAGAGAUUCUUUUCUGUAAUGCGACAUUCGUGUGGAGGAAACGACCACCCUGAUCCAAAAAUGUUUGCACAAGUGUAUCGUUUGGCUUCUUGUUUUUCUCUCGUACGUCCUCCAAAAGGAUGUAAUGUAUCAGGGAAAGACCUGCUAAAAACUUUAUUAGGAGCUCAAGGAAUUUUAACUUCUCCCAAUAAAGACAAGGAAAUAUGGCUUCAAAAUAUUGAUAUUAUGGUUGAAAGUUCUGAACCAUUAUUGGAAGGUUCUUUAAUCGAUGAAGACCACGAUUACAAUGAGGCUGUAACCAGCGAUGCCGUUCAAUCAUACAUUGCUGGUUACAUAGUCCGCAAAUUGCGAAAGACUACGAAGUGCGUGAAUUGCUUACAAGCUUUACAAAUGAAAGCGGGAGAUGGUAGACAAUUACAGAGAAAUGAUGUCAUUAAUAAAAUGGAUUUAUAUGGUGGACUCAUAUAUGCAAGCAAUGAAUUAUUUGAUUUAACGAAACAAUUAGAAAAGUGUGUUUUGAGAACUAUUAGUAAAACUCUAACCAAUGUUCACACUAUAAGUCAAAUAUCGCGAGAGCUAAAAAAAGAAGUUUUGCUAAGAGUAGGUUGCUUUCAACAUGAAAAAGAACUGACUGUUAAAAUUAUUGAUUUUUAUGUAGUGAUAAGAUCCUAUUUUUUGGCUAAAUCUGAAAAUAAACGCUAUGAAGUAGCCAAAAUUAAGACUAAAGCAAAUAGGAAAAAUGCCAAACUACUGUCAUAA